ACAACGUUGAUUCAACUCUCUUAAUAUAAUCUAUAACUGUGAUAACGCUAACGUUACUACUCUAAGCAAAUUGAGUCGGAUCUGCAGGUUCUGCGCCUCGACGAAAGCUGGAGUUUUUCUGUGAAUGUUUGCAGUGGGAAAGUUUGUUUAUGUUGUGAAGGGCAGGUCCACACAGCCAGGCGCGUGUUUUUGGGACAGUGCGAGAAGCAGGAACCCGAGGAAAUGUGGUAAUACAUCAGCAGGUGAAGAGGGGAAUUGGUGCUGGAUAAGCCGGUUUAUUCUGUUUACAUGCGGGUUUACCUAAUGACAGAAACAGCAUGAUUCCUUCAGUUCGACUUCUGAUUUCAAGAAAGUCACGGAGCAGCACGCUGCACCAUAACAAGCAUCCUUUGGUGAUCGUGUAGACCGCAGCCGCAGUGGGCAGCAGCAGCAGCAUCCAUGGCCUAAACACGGAGCCCUAAAACAUCUGACGGCCCGUCGUACGAGGCACACGGGGACUUUAAACCCGAGGGUUUUGGAGGCCGGAAGACUGUUUUUAUUUGGUUUCGUUUUUUAACAUCUCUCCAUCUGGUAACCAGGGGCUUCUCUCCUCCCCUCCUCCCAUUUCAGGCUCCUUGGAGAUAGAGGAAUGCAAAUCUGCAAUCAUGAUGGAAGGAUUGAAAAAACGCACCAGGAAGGCCUUCGGGAUACGGAAGAAAGAAAAGGACACUGACUCUACGGGGUCACCAGACAGAGAUGGUGGAGAACCCCAAGAGAUUGAAUCGCCACAGAAAAAGACCAACGGGGCUCCAAAUGGCUUCUACGGGGAGAUUGACUGGGACAGAUAUAACUCGCCUGAAUUAGACGAAGAAGGAUACAGCAUCAGGCCAGAGGAGGAAGAGGGAGCAGUCUCCAAAGAGAAGACUCACUUUUUCUCGUCCAGCGAGUCUGAAGAAGAGGAGGAUCACCGCAAAAAGUUUAAGAUCAAAAUCAAACCCCUGCCAGCAGACGCUAGCUUUGCGGCUCCCUCGGUAGAUGAAUUAAAAGCCUCCAUAGGCAACAUAGCUCUGUCUCCCUCGCCUCUGAGGAAUAGUCCGAGACGUAGUCCGGGGCUGGCAAAAAGAAAUCCCUGUGAUGAAAUUGCGCGGCCGAGGCGUGCUGUUCCAGCACCUGCACCAGUUUCUGCCCCUUCCCCAACACCUGCACCCGUGGUCCUUCCAGAGCCUGCUAGUAAUAAGAAAUCUCCAGUGCCAGAGGAUACAACAGCCUUAUUCGGCCCUCCGCUGGAAACAGCCUUUGAUGAGCAGAAGACCAGUGAAGAGGUGAUAGAGGAACCUGAGGUUUGGGGUGCACCCCUGCCUGAACAACACCUAGACUCCUCUCUGGCAAGACCUUUUCCUACAGGAACUCUGCCUCCGCUUCCGCCUAAGAAUGUGCCGACCUCCCCCCCACCGAUUGAAUCUCCUACUACAGAACCUGCUGAUGUUCAGAAGGAAGGGAAUUCAAGACAAACUUCACAGAGGCCCUCUAUAGCUGAUUUGGACAACAUCUUUGGUCCAGAAAACUCUCCUAAACUUAGUCAAGAUAUUGAAGACACGUGGGUCUGCUUCAACGACGAGUCACCUGAAAGACAUUCUCCUCCUUUGGAGGGAGAGCCAGCACUCCAAUCAUCUCCACCACCCCCAGCAGAACCAGCUCCCCCUCUACCUAAAUCUCCUCCUCCACUGGAUGAACCAACCCCCCCUUUACCAAAAUCUCCACCUCUUCCUUCAGAACCUGCACCCUCUCCACCUGCCUGUGAGCCACUAAGGGAAAGCCCCCCACCUGUUCUCAAAGACAAAACUCCUUCUCCUCCAACUGUCCCACCUCCUCCAAUUGAAGAGGCCCCACUCCCACCAACACCAGAUGAUGUUUUUCACACCACCACAGACUUUUCACCCUGUGCUCCUCUGACAGAGACCCAAUCAAACACAACCAACAGCCCACCAAACAUUGUAGAGACAAGUGCACGUACAAUCCCUUCACCCUUGGUUUUGAACCAAGAGGAGGUAAAGAGCCCUGAUGAAACCCCAUCAAAAGAGGACCCAAGUGAGAGCAGCACUUCACCCAAAGAGACUGGUCAAGGAGCACGUUCUACACCUCCUCCUCCUCCACCUCCCACAUACAGGGCAGUAGUGUCCUCUCCAGGACCAGUCCCUCCAGCUUCUGCUAGUGGAAAUGAAAGUGGCUCCUCCUCCCCUGCACGUCCCUCAACGCCACUGGCUACCAGCAGCUCCCCCCCUCCCCCUCCCCCACCUCGGCCACCCUCGCGACCCAAACUGCCUCCUGGGAAACCAAGCAUAGGGGACGUGAAUCGGCCGUUCAGCCCCCCUGUUCACUCGUCAAGCCCCCCUCCUUUGGCACCGCUGGCCCGAGCGGAGAGCACUUCUUCUAUCUCCUCCACCAACUCUCUGAGUGCUGCCACUACACCCACCGUUGGUAAAGAGCUCUCCGUGUCUGUGUCAGAAGAUGACGCUUUUGUAGACAAACUUCCCAGCUUUGAGAGACGGGCUGAUAUUCCAGCAGAGACAGACCAGCCCUCCCUCGUGUGGUUUGACAGAGGCAAGUUUUAUUUAACCUUUGAAGGCUGUUCUCGAGGGCCCAGUCCCCUCACCAUGGGGGCCCAGGACACCCUGCCUGUGGCUGCAGCUUUCACAGAGACUGUCAGUGCCUACUUUAAAGGAGCUGACCCUAAUAAGUGUGUGGUGAAGAUCACUGGAGAGAUGGUGUUGUCCUUCCCAGCAGGCAUCACUCGGCAUUUUGCAAAUAACCCUUCGCCCGCUGUGCUAACCUUCAGCAUAACCAACUACAGUCGUCUGGAACACGUCCUUCCUAACCCACAGUUACUCUGCUGUGACUCCACUCAGCCCAAUCCAAACUCAAAGGAGUUCUGGGUGAACAUGCCAAACCUGAUGACCCAUUUAAAGAAGGUGGCGGAGCAGAAACCACAGGCAACGUACUACAAUGUAGAUAUGCUAAAGUAUCAGGUCUUACCCAAGGGUCCUCAGUCCACUCCUCUAAAUCUAGCUGUGAGCUGGAGAUGUGAACCCACAAGCACUGACCUGAGGAUAGACUACAAAUACAACGGCGGGGCCAUGACCACUCCUGUGGCCCUUAACAAUGUCCAGUUCCUCAUCCCUGUGGAUGGAGGAGUCAGCAAACUGCAAGCUGUGCUUCCCCCGGGUGCCUGGAAUUCAGAACAGCAGAGAAUUUUAUGGAAAAUUCCAGAUAUUUCACAGAAGUCUGAGAAUGGAGGUGUGGGCUCUCUGCUGGCCCGUUUCCAGCUGACAGAGGGUCCCAGUAAACCGGCCCCAGUGGCAGUGCAGUUCACCAGUGAGGGCAGCACUCUGUCUGGCUGUGACAUUGAGCUAGUUGGCCUUGGCUACCGUUUUUCUCUCAUCAAGAAGAGGUUUGCAGCAGGAAAAUACAUGGCAGACAACUAAACACCACCUCUGACCCAUGCAAGUCUGCACAUUUGGACCAAUUCUGAAUCUUUAAACACAGGACAGAUGUGAAGCCUGACCCCUACCUGACCUUAUAUGGAUGAACCUUUGUAGAUGUGCGAUACAGGUGGAUCCUCACACACUCCAGCAGUAUUAUAUGAGUUGCAUUCUAAAUGAUAAAAUGUGGACCGUUUUAGGGUGUACUUCUUAUAUUCGUAAACUGUAUUCACUUUGCAACAUCCGUAUUACGGCCUGGGUUUGUUCGUAAGGUUUUAGCCUCUUCUUUCUGUCCGACGUGUUAUUGGCUGUGCCUACCUGAACCUGAAUUCUCUCUACAAGUGAUACUAAACGUGCUGUUUUUCUUACUCUAUGCAUUCAGUUUGUCAAAAGUAUCACCUUUUCGAACAAGGUAGCAAAUUAGUACAACAGACUGACUGACUGUCUAAAAGAGGAAUGAGCCUUGGCCACAAGAUGGCGCUAUACUGUUGCAUGUAGUUUGAGAUCUGCGCCGGGUUUUGGUGUUGCUCAUGCACAUCUAGUCAUGAAAAUGUAUUCAGGAAUAUCGCAUUUUAAUUCACUCAGUGCAGUCAGGUGCGUUAAUUGGAGAAAAAAAUUAUAGAAAUUAUAUUUUGUUGAAACUCUUGGAAUUUUUAGACAGCCACUGCUUUAAAAAGAAAAAUCUCCGGCUUGCAAUAGACACAGACUUAAUUUUCCUCAACAGAAAAAUCAAUAUAAAUAUAUAUAAAUACAUAUAUCUUGAAGGCCGUUUGGUGUUUCUCGUAUUGUUAAAUAGCCUUUCCGUUGUUCCCGAGGGAGCAGUGCUAGACAUCAGAGUACAUGACAUCAUUCUAUUUUUAUUUAUUUAAUAAUUUGUUGUACAUAUAUAUAAACAAAAAAAGAAACCAGUUAAAUUGUAUAUGAAUAGACUUUGAAUGGUAUCAUACUUUAGGAGUUUUUGUUAUCUGUGUAGUUGGGUAAGCUGUGUACAGUAUAAUGCCGAGGUAUAAUUUUUAAAUUUAUUUCAGAUAUAAUUUUUUUAAAAACUCAAGCGCAACAGAAAAUAUAGGGUAUAUAUUGGGUCGAGGGGUGACGUUUGAAAGAGAGAAGGAUGCUGUAUCUACCUAAACGCGUCAUGCUUAAUGUUUUGACAGUGUUAAUGUACAGCGGCACUAUUAGUUGAGCUUUUGGACAUUGUAAAUUGUUUUCUCAUUCAUGCAGAUGUGUUUGUAUAUUCAGCCUCACGUUUAAAAAAAAAAAAAAAACAACUUCAGUGUCCUGAGCAUGAGCCCUGCGCUUGAGAACAUCUUUAUUUUGCAAACGGUAACGGUCUCUGUGAGAUGACAAGGUUCUUGAGUGGUUCAAUGACCAAAUCGCUUUUUUUUUUUCUUUCUUUAUUUUUGUUUGUACGUGUAUCUCCAGAAUUGUCCUUUAAGAGAAAAUAAGCUGCAUAUUUUUUAAAUGUUUAAACCUAUGAAUAAAGUGAAAACUAUUGUUUCUUGUGGAAAAAAAAAACUGUUUAACUUACCAGGUGUUCAGAAGUUCACUGUCAAGAACAAACAUUUCGGUUCCAUCCCUUUUAGUGUCUAGUGAUGAUUUUGGUUUGGUUUGAUGUUGGAUUGAUAUUUGCAAGUUUAGGGACCGCCUCUAAAGCUACAAACACAGAAUAUGCCAGAAUUUAAAGCUCAAAUGUAUUUGAAGAGAAUGACUUAAGGCAACACUUCAAAGGAAAUCGAUUAAUAAGUUGAUAUGAAGUCAUUUAAAAAAAAAAAUCGAAGUUUGUUUUGAGAUUUUUACACAAGUUUGAAAGCAAUCUUUUGGGAAGAGUUCGGUUUUGGCUCCUAAACACCUUUAAUAGCUGGGACACACCAAUCAAAUGCCAAACAGCUAGCAAAAAACAAAACCAAAAAGCUCCCUGUGAACACACCAAAUGGACGAAAGCUGACUGAAACAAUAGCUGCGUUCUGCACAUGCACAGGGGCAAUAUUUUUUGUUUUCUGUUUGCUCGUUCGACAAAAAGGGACCGAAUUCCAACACGCCAAGACAAAGUAUUAAUCAAACAGCAUUUAGUACCAUAAUCAAUCACAGUAAUUGUAAUUCACCACGGAGAGAUUUCCUCCUGCAAAUUUGUCUGUUAACCUACACUCGUAGUGUUAAAGGUACAAAAUCUGUCACUGGGGUGAUUUCUUUUCUAAAUACAGGUAGAUAGUACCUUUAGGGUACACUUUUGAAUCUUUAGGGUUCCCUUUUAAGUUAAUGUAACGCACACAUUUGUAUUUUUUAGGUAUUAAUAUGUACCUUUAAGUAUCUGUUAGGAACAAAAAUGUACCUUUUGAAAAGGUACAGUCCCAGUGACAGAUUUUGUACUUUUAUUUCUAAGCGUUUAAUAAUCCAUAUUGUUUGCAAAUAUUAGAGAAAUGUUGUGAAAUUACAGCUAGCCUCCUUGUGUUUCUUCUUGACUUGAAUUGUUUACUUGAAAGUCAGAGGUCCGAUGCCGAUUCAUGAUGCUGAAUUUGGCCAAUGUGAUUCGAUGUUCACCCGACGAGAACCGAUGAGGGGGGCACACCAAACAAUUAGCCUGAUCAACAAAACAAUAAAGCCCCACAGCCAGUUGUUGGCUUGGUGUAUCCUGGCUUUAAGUUACCAUUGGUUCGUGGUUAUUACACAAUGGGUGGGUGUAUGCUCUGUGAUCACAUCAAAGAAGUACCACCUGCAGUGCUGGGGUGUUGGAAUGUUUUAAAAAAAA